AUAUAAUAAGCACAGACAGAUCUUUAAAGGUCCUUCUAUCCCUCCUCUUUUCUCCUCCUCCUCUUUUCUCCUCCUCCUCCAACCUAAAGAGUAGACAGACCUGUAAAGGUCCUUCUAUCCCUCCUCUUUUCUCCCCCUCCUCCAACCUAAAGAGUAGACAGACCUGGAUAUAACAGAUUCUGCUGCUCUCAUUCCUCACCAUUGUCUAGCCAACUGUCGUCAUGUUUCACUCUCCAGACCACACCUCUCCGCCAUCAGUGGAAGGGCUGGACCUGUUGAGUCCCUACCUGUUCACACACAGAGGGUACAACUUUACCGUGGGAGAGACCGACCCCCAAUACAUCGACUCCCUCCAGAGCUUUGAGAUUCAAGAAACGGACAUUUUCCUCGUCUCCUAUCCCAAAUCAGGUACGAUAUGGACCCAGCAGAUCCUGGUUCAGGUGGUGGAGGCGGCCUACCCUGAGAGUAUUGGCACCGACCAGAGCUCCACCAACCUGGAGAAGAUGCCCUGGCUCGAGUACCCAGACACCCGCCCCGAGCGCCCGCGCCCCUCACCUAGACUCUUCAUCUCCCACCUGCCUCCAAACCUGCUGCCCACCAGCCUGAACACCAAGAGACCCAAGAUUGUGUACGUGAUGAGAAACCCGAAGGACAACAUGGUGUCCUACUACCACUUCUGUCACGUGUGGAGCAAGCUGGAGACACCCAGCAGCUUCCAGGAUUUCUUCGACCAGUACCUGACAGGGAAAAUGGUGGGUGGAUCGUGGUUUGAUCACAUCCGUGAGUGGUACACCAAGAGAGAGCAGUAUGACAUUCACUUUGUCAAGUACGAGGACAUGAUCAAGGACCUGAGAUCAGUGGUGGUGAAUAUCUGUGAUUUCCUUGGGAAGGACCUGACCCCCUCGGCCAUUGACCGCAUUGUUGAGAAGGCCAGGUUCAAGAACAUGAAAAAGGAUCCAAAAGCCAACUAUGAGUUUCUGCCCAAAGACGUGCUCGUUCUGGAGAAAGGACACUUCCUACGGAAAGGUACCAUAGGAGACUGGAAGAACUCGUUGACGGUGGCCCAGAGUGAACACUUUGACCAGGUGUUUGAUGAGAAGAUGAAGGACCUGCCUCUAAGGUUCACCUGGGACAUCAACCAACAUCACAGAGCCGCCCAAACCACCGGUCCCGGAGGUCACCUGUGUAGCUCAGUUGGUAGAGCAUGGCGCUUGUAACGCCAGGGUAGUGGGUUCGAUCCCCGGGACCACCCAUACGUAGAAUGUAUGCACACAUGACUGUAAGUCGCUUUGGAUAAAAGCGUCUGCUAAAUGGCAUAUAUAUACAUAUAUAUACUAUAGAUCUGAAUAGAACAUGGAUGGGUUCCAAAUGGCACCCUAUUUCCAUAUACAGUAUAAUACACUACUUUUAAUCAGAGCCAUAUGGGCCUUGUCAAAAGUAGUGCACUAUAUAUGGAAAUCGGGUGCCAUUUGGAAAACAGGCCAUUCGUCACUAUAGAAUUUAAUAAAAAAUGUGUCACUGUGGAAUCUAGUACAACAUUUGAAUAAAGUUUAAUAGAACUCUAUAAUUGAAUAAAGUUUAAUAGAACUCGAAAAUGCAAUAAAGUUUAAUAGACCUCUAUAAUAGAAUACAGUUUAAUAGAACUCUAUAAUGGAAUACAGUUUAAUAGAACUCUAUAAUGGAAUACAGUUUAAUAGACCUCUAUAAUGGAAUACAGUUUAAUAGAACUCUAUAAUUGAAUAAAGUUUAAUAGAAUUCUAUAAUUGAAUAAAGUUUAAUAGACCUCUAUAAUUAAAUAAAGUUUAAUAGACCUCUAUAAUUGAAAUAAGUUUAAUAGAACUCUAUAAUUGAAUAAAGUUUAAUAGAACUCUAUAAUUGAAUAAAGUUUAAUAGAACUCUAUAAUUGAAUAAAGUUUAAUAGAACUCUAUAAUUGAAUAAAGUUGAAUAGAACUCUAUAAUUGAAUAAAGUUGAAUAGAACUCUAUAAUUGAAUAAAGUUUAAUAGAACUCUAUAAUUGAAUAAAGUUUAAUAGAACUCUAUAAUUGAAUAAAGUUUAAUAGAACUCUAUAAUUGAAUAAAGUUUAAUAGAACUCUAUAAUGGAAUACAGUUUAACAGAACUGUAUAAUUGAAUAUAACUGUAUAAUUGAAUAGAAAUUCAUAACUGAAUAGUGUUGACUAGAGCUGUAUAAUGGAAUAGAAAUGUAUAAUUGAAUAGAAUCGUAUAAUUGAAUAGAAUUUAAUAGAACUGUAUAAUUGAAUAGAACUGUAUAAUUGAACUGUUAAGUUGAAAGAACAGAAUAAUUUAAUAGAGUUGAAUAGAACUGCAGAAUUUAAUAGAACUGAAUAAUUUAAUAGAGUUGAAUAGAACUGCAGAAUUUAAUAGAACUGAAGAAUUUAAUAGAGUUGAAUAGAAUUGUUGAAUUGAAUAGUAUAAUUGAAUAGUGUGGAAUAUAACUACAUAAUUGAAUAUAACUGUUGAACUGAAUACAACAGUAUUAUUUAAUAUAGUUCAAUAUAAAUGUAUAAUUGAAUAAAACUAGAAUAGUAAAGUAAACUUGAAUAGAGUUGAAUAUAACUGUACAAUUGAAUAUAAUUGUAGAAUUGAACAUACCUCUAUAAUUGAAUACUUGAAUACUGAAUACAGGCAGACUCAGGGUAGGCAGAGGUCAGUAAACCAGAGGAGGGGCCAAGGUACAGGACGGCAGGCAGACUCAGGGUAGGCAGAGGUCAGUAAACCAGAGGAGGG